AUGGAAAGCGUGGGACGCCUCGCAAGUCGCGCGUGGCCGCUGCGCCCGCAAGGGGCCCAUCGAAGUGGCGUAGCGACUCAACGACUGACGAGGAGGAGGCUCGGGACGCUGUCGCGCUUCGAUCGAGCGGCGAGACUGCUGGACGAGACCGUCCUGGAGCAUCUCGUGUGUCCCAUCUCCAAGUUCCCAGUGCGGUACGACACGGAGCGCGGGAGUCUCGUGUGCGACGAGAUCUCCGUCGAGUACCCGAUCUGGUACGGUGUACCAGUGCUCGUGCCGUCUGAAGGACGGAUCCUGGAGGUGUCGAGCAACAGCGACGACCAGCACGACGAUCGGACUUGA